AUGAGUCUUAUUGGGUACGUUUGUAACGGUAGGGUGUUGGAUCCCCACAUAGUCGGCAACACCAACUCUGUUUGACGGCCAACACCUCUUAAUAUUUACCGUUCCUAUUGGUUUAACAUUUCCGGGGCUUCCUGACUAAAUGUUAAUCUGCCAGUAGCGGUUUAUUAAAAACCCAUUAUUUUUCGAAAAUCGCUUUUCGGCUCCUUUUUAAAUUAUCGUGCUCACUUUCUUUGCCAUACGACAGCACAUGACACGAAUUUCUGUAGAAAUUUGUCUAUUUUCUGUCCUGUGUGUCUCGCCACCCGUAAAACCCCCUAUACCACUAUUCAGGGUAUGACAAGGUCCAGAGGUUACCUCAAGUUAAUUUGGGUUCUACAGCCCACCGUUGCCGGUAGGUUUCGCCGUGUGAGCACCAGUAGGCCCGCUGUGGUCGCCGGCAGGAUAUCUCUUAUUCCCGCACAACAGCAUCGUAAAUUAAAACAAACAUGAAGCAUAGAAAACACCUUUGCAGCAAUAAGUGCCACUUUUUGGGUAAAGUCAAAGGGGAUUUCAAACAAAGACUUUUUUGCGCCCUGCCAUGUGCUAUAGCAGAUCCACUUACUAACUGGUCGCAAAAUACUACUAUAAACUGGACAGAUGUGCCCCCGUCUUUUAUUUACUUACAGUAGAUGUGCUAACUCAUGAAAUGUCAAACAAACUUUCGAAAUGCGUUCUCUUUUCGAAAAGAUAAAUUGAGUAGUAUUGUAAAACUCAUCAUGAUGCAGCAAAAAUGUAUAAUGAUCCGGUUACCUCAGGGUAUCGGCUUUAAAAAAGAACGUAUUUUCAGCUGCAUGCAAGAUCUUUACUCUGCAAGAAAUGACUACUUAAGCAGUAUGCAACUGUAUCAUCGAUUUUCGAUGUCCUUAAAAAUUCAAUUAUAUUUCAUGGAAAGCAUGCAUAAAAAUUUUCAUCCUUUUACUUAUUCGAUAAAAAAUCACGUCUUCUUCCAAUUUCAUACUCAAAAAGAGAGAAUAAUUUGGUUUUAAAAAAAGAUUUCUAAUUCCCAAAUAAUUUUGAAACUGACCUGAUGUUACACUUGCAUUCAGGGUUUCGAAAAUACAAGUUGUAUAUUUCCCGUGUACGAAAAAACAUGCAUUUUUUUACGGUACCAAGAGGAGACCAUAUGGGGUUCAUAAAAUUCGGCAGAAGAUUUAAGCAAUAUUGCUAAAUUUACAAGCCAUAUUCGUAAAUGUAGAUACAUGACAUUUCAUGAACGGCCACUUAAGGGUAUUAAAAAAUCUCACAAUUCGAAACUUUUUUGAAACCGAAUUAUACUCUUCUUUUGAGUAUGAAAUUGGAAUAAGACGUGAUUUUCUUCCAAAUAAGUAAAAGAAUGAAUAUUUUUAUGCAUGUUUUUCAUGAAAUAUAAUUGAAUUUUCAAGGGCAUCGAAAAUCAAUGAGCAAAUUGCAUGCUACAUAUGUAGUCACUUUUUUCAGAGUGUAGAUCUUGUAUGCAGCCGAAAAUUAGUUCUUUCGGAAGCUGACACCCUGAGGUAACUGGAUUAUUAUAGAUUUAUGAUGCAUCAUGUUUAGUUUUACAACACUACUUAAUUUAUCUUUUUGAAACGAGAACGCAUUUCGAAAUUUUGGUUGACAUUUCAUGAAUUAGCACGUCUACUGCAUUUGCUUAUGACGUUAUUUCGUCAUUUAUUGUUCUGGAUUAAAGGACAAUUCUUAAUUUUACAAAUUUUCACAAAAAGGCAGUUUUUAAGUUCUUGAAACGUACAUCCCUUUAUUGGUGCUCUUUAUGGAGCACGCAACUUUAACAAUAAUUUGUACGAAAUGUUAUGGCUUAUAUAUGACAUCUUCUUAAAAGCAUAGAGGUAUAGGACUUUUUGCCUUUAAAAUGUAUGGGCUAUAGCUCAAAAAUCCCCGGCGAAAAUGAAAUAUAAUAUUAAGUUUACACUUAUUCGGCGAUUGAAAAAUUUUUGUCAAAACCGAAAAAGCCUUUCUCGGGGUAUAUAACUUGUAGAAGACAUAACUUGCUACCAGAUAUACAUAAUUAAAGAUAUGCGUGUCCAAGGUUUCCAUAAGGUACAUUUAAAUGCAUGGGAUAACAGAACGUUGAUUGAAAAUAUGCUUACAAAGUAAGUACUCAUUUUCAUUAAAUGAGGCCGAAGCAAAGCAAAAUGAAAAGUCUGGCUUAUUCUGGUAGACGAUAAUUAAUUAUUGUAAGCCAAACAAGGAGUCUUGUUUAAUGGACAUCACAUCUAGAAAUUUAAGUGAACAUUUUAUGAGAUUGGCCACUCCCUGUAUAGGCAGUACGGCAUUAAUAGGUUUCGUAGAGCGGAAAAACGAUUCAUAAAAAUGCAAAAUUAAGUCGGAUCAUACAUACUGCUUCCUCAUUAAUAUAUUAAUUUGCGCUUUUGGUAUGGGUAAGUACUGACAUUUUUAUCCGAGCAUUAACUAGCUUCUUCUGAUUUGAUAUUUGGAGAUUUCGUGCACGUCAGCUGUUUACGUUGAUUUCACUUUACGGCGACAAACCAGCAUACGAACAUUAUUCGGCCGAAGCCAGUGUUAUCUUUCCCCUACAUGACCCCCUAAUGUGGCCGCAUAAAGGUGAUUUGUGCGUGAAUUUAGUAAUAUUUAGGCGACGUUUCGCAGCAUUUACCGCAUUAUAUCCUCCUUCGCCUAAUGGUGGCGGGGUUAUGGCAAUAGGACCCGGAAGAGCAACUGGUAGCAGUUGCUGACAAAAACGUUGGCCGCCUGUGCUUUUCACGCCACCUGUUCUCUGCAUCGUCUACCGGACGCCUGUAAAGCCCGGUUUGAAUCUCAUUCUACUUGAAAUUGCCGUAAGAGUUGUAAUUUCUAGCCUGACUCCUAGUCAUGAGAGCACCGACGUCCCCCCGAAAGUUCGCGAACUUCCAAGUCACAAUUUUUAGAACAUUGUUGCAACUUUGGAUGCGCCAAAUGUUUAUUAUGGAAGAUGCGCUGGUUUUUGGUGGUGAUAGAUUUCCCAAAAUCGAUGUUCUUCUCUUUUCUGUUGGUCACGCACACUCCAACUUUCGGUGUCUGUCAGUCAGUGCGUGGGCUGAUUCAACACAGUUUACGGCAGUUAGUGAAUGCCACCAGACGCAAGCUCGGAAGCAGUCAUUGACUCGAGCAUAUCCUGCGCUGUCGGAUAAGUGCGUUACGUGGGCCUGUCUUCCAGACAUAGCCUCCUCUCCGUGCACAGCACUCAGGUCUCGAAAAACUUUAAAACACUGACUGAUGGCGGGCAGAAUCAAACGUUGAACAUGCCAAUAGUUCGUGACUUUGAACGCCACAAUUGAGGCGCAGAAAUACACAAAAGUAUUUAACGUUAAAAGGAGCCACUUACAGUGGCAAAUAGAGCAGAAACGUUUCAUUCAAUAUGAUGGCAUGUAAUGUGUGACCGACCUCAUGACAUAUUAACCGAAAUUUUGAAAAUUAUUUUCGACUAGGAUGGAUUGCUUAGGUGAAGCAUAAUCCCAUGAUACUUGGACUCACCGUAAUUUUGGCUUUUAAACGCACUUCUUUGCGACCUCCUGUGAAAAUUAAACUGAAUAAAAAAUGACUACUUAAGUUGAGUACAUUUUUCACAUUGAUUUUCGAUACCCUAGUUAAUUAAAGCUCAUUUUGCAGAAAAUAUGCGCGAAGUAAACUAACUUUUACUUUUUUUGAAGAAAUUUACGUCGUCUUUUCAUUUUUUUACUUAAAGAAGGAACAUAUUCAGGUUUUGAAGCAGUUUUCCAAUUCCAGAAUAAUUUCAAACCAGGUAAACUGUUGCAUAAGCUUUUUGCGAUUUAAGUCUACAAGGUGUGUACUGUCCGCGAAAGUAUAAUCAUAUAUUAUUUUGGGCUUUUAAGAAGAGACCAUGCACCGUUGACAAAUACGGCAGUGGAUGUGGAACAUAUUGUAUAAUUCAUAUGGAACAUCACUCCACGCACAUGUGCCGUGCUGUAUGAAUAGACGAUGAACGGUCUAAAACUUCUCCCUAUUGAAGAUUUUUAAAACUGAAAGUCGCUCUUUCCUCGAGUAUGAAAUAUGAACUCGGUGUGAUUUGCUACUAAACUAAAGCGUAUUUUUGUGCGUGUAUUUUAUAAAAUAUGUGCAUACUACUUAAAUAGUAAUUUUAGCCAGUAUCGGCGGUCUAUUGUUUCAUAGAUCAACGCAUCCUGCUGAUCGGCGUUCUGAAAAGGAUGAUAUCGGCGCCACAAAUCGGGCAGCCACCAGCCCAGUCAAAGACGUCACCACCUACUAUCCCAAUAAGACCAAGUUAUUUGUUGGUCGACUGCACCCAAAUACUACCAAAGCCGAACUUGCAGCCUACUUCUCCAGAUACGGAUAUGUCAGGGAAGUCCAAGUAUUAACCAAUAGGACAAAUAGGAAUUUCGGAAAAUUUGGUUUCGUUACCUUUGCGGACAGUGGAGCUAUCAGCCGGAAUGUUCUGAAAACCCGACAUCGCCUUCAUGGUCGCUACCUCAACGUGCAGAUCGCGAUAUCAACUGGCCAGUCACAUCUAGGCAGAACAGAGCCGUCUAUCCAGUUAAGUUUCGAAACGAAUCCUUUUGCUUUUCUACUGCCAAUUUUAAUGCUUACUUCAUCCUCUUUUAAUUUCUCUCUUAGCACAUUUCCGUUUUUCGUGAUUAAAUUUUCGUACAUUUUACCUCAAUUUUAGUGUUAUUUAACACAUUCAAUGAAGGUAACUUUUCGCUAAGGGUUGAUGUCCCAUGAAAUGACUGUGACAUUUUGAGUUUUACGCGCAAGGGACACUAUCAGAACUUCCCAAAAACGUAAAUUUUACUAAACAAUUUAAUACCAGUAACAGAUUUUCUCAGAAAUACCGCACCUCAUUUGCUCGGAUGACGUACGUCGUUUAGCCAUACGGUUGACUGGUGAUCAAUGACUAUGUAGCGUCCGACCUCGAAAGGGGUUCAGUGGCCUGGAGCUCACUCGCGUCCUUUUGGGUUGCCUGGAACGAAACGUCGGAAACUGGGGCACUCUGUCCGAUUUGUGAACCGUUAGGAUCGUCCUUCCAAGCGCUCAGUGUCGAAGGUUUAUUGAGGAAGGGUAAAAAGGAGAACGUAGAACGAGGGAAAACAAAGGGGGGGGAUCUAUCCGUCCAACAAAACGUUAGUUUCACAGUUGUCUAGGGAAGAUGGAGUUGCAUGCUGCCACCGGGUAGGGGGAGUCUUCUUUUUCACGUACCUCGACUAAAAAAAAACAAGAGAAAGCAGACAGAUAGUGUCCAGACACCAGGCAUCCUUGCUCUCGAACUUAGCCCCCUUAUCUAUUAAAAAACCGUUCAUGUGUGACUGCUACAACUAUCAACCUUUGGUGAGAGCCUAUGUUUUUCUGAAAAUUGAUUCAGAACGCAGAAACUAGCAGACCUGCCGUCGUUUCCGACGAUGUCUAUAGAGUUUUUUAUAGCAUGAUGGCGCAGAGGUGUUGAGUUGCGCGGAAUUCAUUUAUAGCGAUGACACACUUGCGCAGCUGUAUACAGAUACUAUGGACAUCAUAUGUCCUUCGGAUAGUUCAAGCACUGCGAGAUAGGCGGUGCUAUUGCCUCAAGCAGUGCGCCCAGCAAUGACUAGUGAGGCUGGCUUGCGUUGCACCUACCUCACUGUCGCCUUUCACAUCCGGCGUCCUCCAAUAGCAAGACAAAAUUAAAAAGAUAGAAGGUGAGCGUGAGUCCAGUGGUUGAGUAAACUAAACAGUUUGUCACACUCCUCUUGCUCCCCAAACUCCGCGCGCACCAGAUUUCAUUUCUAAACAGUUUCGGGUUUUAAGUGAGGGACUACAUUCAGAGGAACCAUGAAAGUCUAUCAUUUGUUAAAAUUUUAGACUUUCCGCGCGUGUCCAAGAGAGCCCUUAAUAGCACAGGCCUAUAAAAAUCCUCGCUUACAGUGGAUGUGCUAACACAUGAAAUGUAAAUUGGAAUUUUUAAAUGAGUUUUUGGAUCAAAAAGAUUACUUAAAUAAGGUUGCCAUAUAAACCGGCGUGCAGUAUAAUUUCAAGAUUUGGAAUUCUUAAAUGAGUUUUCGGCUCGAAAAGAUUACUUAAAUAAGGUUGCAAUAUAGAUCGGCGUGCAGUAUAAUUUCAAGAUAGUUCAGUUAUCAUAGGAUAAAAGCUUUUGAACGAACUUUUUCCAAUCGCCUGCAUUAUGUUUCUCCUUGAUGUUUGGUGCCUUCAUAAAUUACGAUAUUUUUUAUGGGAGACAUGCAUAAAACAGUCAUUCUUUCCCUCGUUUGGUGGCAAAAGUUGCGUUUUCGAAUUUUAUACAUGUACGAAGGAUAUAGUUUGACUUUCCAAAAAGACGUCCGAUUCUAGAAUACAUUUUAGCCGAACAUGCUGCUAUAUUUCUACUCAGGUUUUUUGAACUACGAGCUGUACAUUUCCGUGUAUGGCAUAUCAUGCAUUUUUCCACGGUAUUAAGAGAAAAACCAUAUAUGGGUUCAUUGAAUUUAGUAGCGGAUCUGAGCCAUGUUAUAAAAUUUACAUACAUCAUCAGCAAAUGCAGAUACACAUGUUUAUGGGCAGGCAUUUCACGGUCUUAAGAAAUCGCAUAAUUAGGAACUAUUUUAAAACUAAAGUUAACCUUUAGUUCAAGUACAAAAUUUAAAAUAAACGUAAGUUGCUACCGAAUGAGGAAAAGCAUAGAUAUUUUUAUACACGAUUUCUAUGAAAUGUAUAUGAAUUUCUAAAGUCAUCGAAAACCAAAGUGGACAAUUCACAAUGCUUAAGCGAGCAUUUAUUACAGUGUAGACGUUGCAGGUGGCCGGAAAGAAGUUCGUUCAAAAGCUUGCAUCGUGCGGUAACUGAAUUAUGUUACACAUUUAAAUAAUCUUUUCGAGCCGAAGAAGCAUUUCAGAUUUACAUUUCAGGUGUUGGCCCAUCUACUGCAAGCAUGCUCCCAUUUGAUCAGUAAAUAAGCCGUGAAAAUUCUAUCGGAUACAAAAGCGGUAUUCGGAAUUUGACGGUGCCCGCUUUUAGAAGCUCGCAGCCGAACACUGGACCUUUUUUAGCAAACAGGCACAUUGGGUAAAUUUUGUUUCUUGGACAUCUACAAAAGUACAGGUAUUUGUCGCAGGAUACAUAAUCGGCCAACCCAAUUCCCCUAGACGUAGGUGGCAUAGGUGCUUCAGACCAAAAUGAGCGUCAAACUGGCUUAGGUUGGAUGUGGUGAUGUAGCCCCACCUGAAGCAAACAAACCCCAGCCACCUGUAAUACGGGACCGGUGGUAAUGGUGUUUUUGUAAGUGGGGCCGGGUAGCGCACGGGGGAUGCUGUCAAGUAGUUUUAUGCCAACGAAAGCUAUUUGGAAUGCGUGAUUGUACAUUGAAUGGUCAAGAAAAAGUUGCACUAACCUCUAACCUUAAUCAUCAUCCCUAACUAUAACCCCGAAACCUUAUCCCUAGCCCUAACCCUUAACCCCAACCCAAACAGUAUUGUUUUCUUCAGGUGAGGCUAACAAACCACAUCUUACCUUGGUUUAUUCUGCGCGUUUGUUGGGUUAUGCCGCCUCUGCGUGAGACUUACCUGCUGACGAAUAGGCUCAAAACACUCAAUAGACGACGGGUUCCAUGUCAGCUCCUUGCACCAGUUUUGGACAGGCUAAUCACGCGGAGGAGAGGAGUGAUGGCAAUACGCCUGAGGGGUAUCUCAAGGCAAAUCAGCACACUUUUCACGGAUAAGAGGCACUUAAAGCCCUCCUGAACUACUGGCAGUAGGGGUUUAGGAAAGUACUGACUGAGCAGGAGACCCGAUCCACCCGCAUCCACUUCCGCCUCCAUGCGUUUGAUUUGUUCUCGCCAUUCAAGUGUUCGGGGUACGGGAGCAGAUAGUGAGGUAGGCGUAUCACAAGCCUGUUUCAGUAUGAAUAAAUGCACACUCUUGUAAAUGCUGGGUGCGCCUCGUGAGGAAGUAAACAACGCGUAUUCCGCGACGACCUACCAAUCACAUUUAUCGAUUUUAGAGCAUGAAACCACACAGAUAUGAAAAUCCAACUUUUUAUAGUCAAAAGGAAUUUUUGAUUUAUUUUUGAAGAAAAUUCGUGCUUGUCCACAUCCUGUUCCGUCUGACUUACGCGGAGGAAAAAAACGAAUUUCCAGGCGAAGUAACUCUUUGUCGAUAAAACUGUCGAGUUUAGAUUAUUCUCCUAUGGAAAAAGCAUGCAUGGAUGCAAACACUUAUUAUGGGGCAUUUUACUAUUGUGGGAAACGGCUAUAAUGUGGGGCUACGUGCAAUACAAAACCUGAGAGAUGAAAUGUGCCCAAAUUUACUAGCAUUUUUUUGUUAAUCGAGAAUCAGCCCAGAUAUUUCGAUCAACAUUACCAAUUAAUUCUGAAAGCCAUUAUUGAAGAUAAAAACGCAAAAGGAAAUAUUAGACUUAAUAUGUUUAGGCCUUGCCAAGGCAAUUUUCAGAAAAACAGAAAUGCCCAGAACACUAUAAAUCGUGUCAUAUGAAGAAAUUUAACUUUUAGGAACACACAUAGUCUCGCCUUGCAAAUAACUGAGUAAGUCGAACACCACAACUAUGAUAAAGCUUGAAAAAGGUCCUUUUUGGCGUUUGCAGUUGAGUAUCCUUCAGAAACUAUUGCAAUCUCGAGUCGGGUUGUUCGUCAACCGCCUUCAAUUUAAGGAAAGAUUCCAGGACGGUUUCACGAUAAUUGGUUGUCAUUUACUCCGUUUUUUGUACGAGAUGAUUUUGGCCAAGUUAAACAGUUCGCUUGAUUCUACUGACAGGGAAUUUGCCGGAAGAGAAGUUUUCAUUAGGUCACAUGUUCACAGGCCGCUCUGUAAAAAACCCAUUUGAAUAAAAUAAGGACAUGCUAUCAUAAGCGUACCCUUUGGUCUGCAUCAAGAGGUUUUUCUUCCGUAAUAUUACUGUUAUGUUUUUGAUGACGACGGAUCCCACUGAAUCCCAGUAAGCCCUUGACAUAACGGUUAAUACUUUGCGGUGUUUUGAUCCCAAUUGACCGUUCAUAAGGACAGAUUUUGGGCUGUUUGUCUAGUAAGACUUAAAAAUGAGAUAUUUCCUUAAACAACUAACGAGAUAGUGAUUUUCUGGAAUGCCGGUGUCCUUUUGGGUCAUAAAUGUAGGCCCACUCAAACAUGAAAUCUCAUCGUCUAGAAAAGAUGAACAUCCACAAAGAAAGUCGACAGCGAAAGUGCUCUGGAUCAGUUGGAAAGCUUUCUUUUUUAUGUUACCUCUUUAAAAAUCAUCUUAACAAGACAGUCUACUUGCGGAUAUCCACGUACCUUUUCAAAGAAAAGUCGUAAAAAGUAGGAACUUAUGAUUGGCGUUCCAUAUGGCUGAAAAAUGCUGGUAAUGUUCCUGUUGCAAACGACAGAACGCGCCUUUUAUAAUUUAGCCACUUCCGCUGUGUUUGCUUACUUUUUAAUUCCGUCCUAGAAUCGUAAAUACAAAAGUAGCGGGCAAAUAAAUACUAAGAAAUUGUUACAACUGUUGAAGCCCUGUACUUUUCCCCUCUAAAAUACGUAUUGGCAGAAAGUGAAUGGGCCAUUCCUUGGUCACAUAUGGCGUAUUCGCAAGUGGCAGGAAAGUAUCAGAACAUUUAAACAAAGGCUUUGUGACUGUAGUUCAGGACAUAAAAUAAUGCAGAUUUUCAACUCUGACAUUCAAAUGUGACAAAACAUCUGCUUUUCAAAAAAUAACGUGUUUCCGUACAUCCCUACAAACCUCAAUUACGGUGGCUAAAAAUCGAUUUUCAAGUGCCGCAGUCUUUGUUUGGUAAACGUCUAAAGGUUAAAUUACUCUGCUCUAAGAAGACCACAAAUGGAUGUGACAGACUUAGUUAAGGACGGCUCAUAUUGAAGGAAAUUUACUGAGCAUAAGUUAACGAAGAUUGCUGCUCAAGUUAAUAAACAUCAUUCCGUAUGCUAAUAGGACAUUUUCCGGCUCUAGUUAGGCAAAUACAACUGGUUUGGCUUGAGAGAGUGUUCGUUAGGCACAAUGAGACGAGUGAGUUCCGUAAGAACGCUCGGUGAGCGCCCCUCUAUCAUAUAUAUGUAUAUUUGAAAGGAUGGAAUUCUUUGGGAAACAGUAAACAUUAUUGUGUAAAUUUUCUAAGCUGGUUCCCUAGGUCCUCUUUAGACUAUUGGGGUGCAAAAACAAUUAACUUCUAAACUGAGUCUGGCAAAGGGUUUUAUGAUUGGCUUAAGUCGGAGCCAAUGUGUGUUAAUUGCAAUUCGUCAUCCCCUCGGGACCGGUUGUGCUAUUUUGAAUUUGUCUUAAUCAAUUUGGUAUGUGGUCAUCCGUUUUUGUCUAACAUCUUUAUCUUCUUCUGCCGUUCAAAUUCAGCUACGUAGGUGAUCGUUUCGCUUAGGGAGUCAACUAAGUCUAAGAGCAGAUUAUUACGGCAAAAUUCCAUAGGUUGUUCUUUAGAAAUUUGAAAUUUGUGAGGUCGGUAAUUGGGCACCACUUAUGAAUGCACCAAGCAUGCUUUGUCCGUAACGAGACGCAAUUCAUUAUCCCAGGGUUGAUUGUACGGCAGACCCAAUCUUUCGCAAGCGGAGUUCUGUCAAAAGUCUGCCAUAUCAAGCCAAAUCGCAUUGCUCUGGUGAAAAAAGCUUCCAAGUCAAACUAAAUUACCUGUUUGAAUUAUUUUCAAAGAAUGGUUACGCUAGAGAUUUUGUAAGUCGAUGCAUGAAUCAACAAAAGAUAAAAACAAAGGAAUUAGAUAGUUCCAAUCAAGCGUCCAAAGCAAACACUUGGCGAAUCCUUCCUUACAUCGGAAAUGUGCCUGAACUUGUUGAAAGACACUUGAGGAAACACCAGAUAAGAGUGGCGCACAAGCCGACGACUACUUUGCGCAUUCAACUUGUACACCUUAAGGAUAGGGUUGGCUAUCUUGAUAAACAGGAAGUCGUCUAUAAGAUCCUAUGCGAUACCUGCGAUGCCGUAUAUUGUGGUCAAACGGGGAAAUUAGCCUCUAUACGCAUCCACGAACAUCAACUGGCACUUAAGAGGCGAGAACACCUGUCUCAAAUAGCCAUGUACACUCUUGACUUUGGACACACUUUUGCAUGAAACAAAAAUCGCGCCGUCGGAGUUCGUCUAUCUAAAAAGGCCCAAGAGUUUCUUGAAACCACGCACUCCGAUGAGUAGUGCAUCAAUAGGCAUAUCGAGUUAAACGCAAUGUACGAAAAUCUCAUGGAAAUGUGAAAGACACGAGAGCCAAUCGAUACAGACUGACACACACGUCGGCCGGAUACUGGCUGAAGCACCAGAUGAAUAUUGAUUUUUCAGGACGUUUGAAAUGUUAACUGUUUUUGGCACGUGUCGUCCAGUCUGACGAUGACAUGGGAAACCGACGUCGAAAAUAUAUUCAAAAUGUUUAUCUCCUUUUUCCAAAGAAAUUAUUUGCCUUCAAAUGAUAUUUCUUGGGAUGCCUGCGUUCCAAUUCAUAUAUAUGCAUAUAUAGAUUGAAAAACAGGCAUCCCAAGAGAUAUAAAGAAAAAAAUAAAUUCUUUGGGAAGCAGCAAACUUUACACAAUAUAGAUUUGCUGUUUCCCGAAGAAUUUCACCUUUCCAAAUAUGCAUAUAUAUGCAGAAUGGUAUUGCAGACAAAGACAAGGAGACUGGAAUGGCCAGUUUUAGCUUAUUUGACGUCGUCACCCAGUCAAACCCAACUCCGGAGUGCGGAAAAUCUGGGGCUCGAACUUGCGACCUGUUAGUUAGAAGUCCACCGCCCGUAAGGCACAAUGCAACGUGUCGAUUUUGUAAGAACGGUCGGUGAGCGUCCCUCCAGCACUAUCCAAAUAUGCUGCAUACCAAUCAAGUUUUAACACCUACCUAAGUUAUCGUUGCAGGCUGAGAUCAUAUUUUGGAAUUUCAGUGUUGCAUGAGUUUCACCUCCAUUCGAGGUAUUUCAGGGGAGUCAGGACUUAAAAAUUAUGCUUAACGUAAUAACCACACUAUUGCCUAGCACAAAUUCCGUCGGCCUUGCCACGCCGAAUAUACGGAAACCCUUAAAAUGCCAGCCAGAAAUUUGUCGAACUUUCAUUUAAAAGGUAUUUGCUAUGGCUGUUUUAGAGACUGCUCCACGCAGUUUGGCGGUGUCAGGGAUGCCAAGGAAGCAAUCGAUUUUGUCGCCUUGGCGGACAGCGAGAUGGCCAGGCGUAGGACCCCGAAGACGCGAGACAUUCCUGGUGACCUGAACGCAAAGUCUGAUCUCUGCGCCCGUCCGUAA